CCGUCCCUGGCUCCCCCGCCCGGCCCCUUCCCGGUGUCCCUCCGCCCGCCCUCGGAAGACCGAGCGAGCGGCGAGGUUGCGGGCGAGCCGCGCGGCGCGGAGCCGAGGAACCGAGGAGCCGACAGCGCAGCGCGGCCAGAGUCCGGAGCGGCCCCGCGCCCGGAGCGCACCGGUGCGGCCGAGCUGCCCGCGCAGCGCCCGCUGCGGGCAGCGCCAGCCCGGGCCGCAGGUGUGCACUCAGAGGUGGCCGAGGGAGCUACUCUGGAGCUGACCCACCAGCAAGUAUCAUCAGGGUGACCCUGAGCCGCAAAACUGCUGUCUGCGUGGACUGGGGCAGACGUCACACGUCCAUCUGCCAGGACCUCUGUGUCCAAACUCCGAGACAUGGCAACCAAUGGCAGCAAGGUGGCCGAUGGGCAGAUCUCCACAGAGGUCAGCGAGGCCCCCAUGGCCAAUGACAAGCCCAAAACUCUGGUGGUCAAGGUGCAGAAGAAGGCGGCAGACCUUCCAGACCGGGACACAUGGAAGGGCCGCUUUGACUUCCUCAUGUCGUGUGUGGGCUAUGCCAUCGGCCUGGGCAACGUCUGGAGAUUCCCCUAUCUCUGCGGCAAAAACGGUGGUGGGGCCUUCCUGAUCCCCUACUUCCUGACACUCAUCUUUGCGGGGGUCCCACUCUUCCUGCUGGAGUGCUCCCUGGGCCAGUACACAUCCAUUGGAGGCCUGGGGGUGUGGAAGCUGGCCCCCAUGUUCAAGGGUGUGGGUCUUGCCGCUGCUGUGCUGUCAUUCUGGUUGAACAUCUAUUACAUCGUUAUCAUCUCCUGGGCCAUCUACUACCUGUACAAUUCCUUCACCACAACGCUGCCAUGGAAACAGUGCGACAACCCCUGGAACACAGACCGCUGCUUCUCCAACUACACUGUUGUCAACACCACCAACAUGACCAGCGCCGUGGUUGAGUUCUGGGAGCGGAACAUGCACCAGAUGACAGAUGGGCUGGAUAAGCCAGGACAGAUCCGCUGGCCUCUGGCCAUUACCCUGGCCAUCGCCUGGAUCCUUGUGUAUUUCUGUAUCUGGAAGGGUGUUGGCUGGACUGGAAAGGUGGUUUACUUCUCCGCCACCUAUCCCUACAUCAUGCUCAUCAUCCUGUUCUUCCGUGGAGUUACGCUGCCUGGGGCCAAGGAGGGCAUCCUCUUCUACAUCACACCCAACUUCCGCAAGCUGUCCGACUCAGAGGUGUGGUUGGAUGCGGCAACCCAGAUUUUCUUCUCCUACGGACUGGGCCUGGGAUCCCUGAUCGCUCUUGGGAGCUAUAAUUCUUUCCACAACAAUGUCUACAGGGACUCCAUCAUUGUCUGCUGUAUCAAUUCAUGCACCAGCAUGUUCGCGGGAUUUGUCAUCUUCUCCAUCGUGGGCUUCAUGGCCCAUGUCACCAAGAGGUCCAUUGCUGACGUGGCGGCCUCAGGCCCUGGAUUGGCGUUCCUGGCAUACCCAGAGGCGGUGACCCAGCUGCCCAUCUCUCCCCUCUGGGCCAUCCUCUUUUUCUCAAUGCUGCUGAUGCUGGGCAUUGACAGCCAGUUCUGCACCGUGGAGGGCUUCAUCACGGCCCUGGUGGAUGAGUACCCCAGGCUCCUCCGCAACCGCAGGGAGCUCUUCAUCGCGGCUGUCUGCAUUGUCUCCUACCUGAUUGGCCUCUCCAACAUCACCCAGGGGGGCAUCUAUGUCUUCAAACUGUUUGAUUACUACUCUGCCAGUGGUAUGAGCCUGCUAUUCCUCGUGUUCUUCGAAUGUGUCUCCAUUUCCUGGUUUUAUGGUGUUAACCGAUUCUAUGACAACAUCCAAGAGAUGGUUGGCUCCAGGCCCUGCAUCUGGUGGAAACUCUGCUGGUCCUUCUUCACCCCAAUCAUUGUGGCGGGUGUCUUCAUUUUCAGUGCUGUGCAGAUGACUCCUCUCACCAUGGGAAACUACGUUUUCCCCAAGUGGGGCCAGGGCGUGGGCUGGCUCAUGGCUCUGUCUUCCAUGGUCCUCAUCCCUGGGUACAUGGCCUACAUGUUCCUCACCUUAAAGGGCUCCCUGAAGCAGCGCAUCCAGGUCAUGAUCCAGCCCAGCGAAGACAUCGUUCGCCCGGAGAAUGGUCCGGAGCAGCCCCAGGCCAGCGGCUCAGCCAGCAAAGAGGCCUACAUCUAGGGGUGUCUGGCGGCUUGCCGACCCGCCACUCUCACCCCCCAGCCCGGCUGAACGUGACCACCACUUGAUGUCUGAAGAUACCGUCUAUCUCAACCUACCUCGAGUGGCGAGUCCAGACACCAUCACCAAGCAAAGAGAGGGGAGGUGGGGGACAGUCACACCCCUGGUGGGCCCCGCCCUGGGCAAAGUUACCCGAUGGCUCCAGCACCUGCAGGCUGGUGACCUUUUGAAUCCGGGCCCCAUAAGCAUCAAGCAAUCAGCCUUCGUGACUGAGCCGUAGAUCAUUUUUAUCUUGCCAGCGAGUGCGAUGCGGCGAGGCCACACACUCCUGGCUUUUAGUCCUGUUCCUGACUGUUCUCUUACUGCCGAAACCCAUGACUCUUAUCUCGGACUUUGCCGGAGUUCGGUUCCGUUGGAACGCCGCUCUGUACACAUGAAAAGGGCAUUUUGUAUAAUGGGGAUUUCCAGGGAGAGCUCCCUCUUAAGUGCAGGGAGCCCGCGGAGCUCUGACUUUCAUUUUUUCGGUUGAUCCUUCCCGAGGCAGCUUGACAAAACAACCCCCCAGGACCUCCAUCAGUAUUCCCCUGGAACUGCCCCCGUGUCCCCAGCAAUUUGCUGAGCAUCCUUCCCUGCCCCCUCCUAGCCAGGCCAGGUGGAUUGCACCUGGCCCAACAGCGAUCAUUCCAGAUCAUUCCAGGCAGCCCAGCUCCCUCACUCCCUCCUUGGAAAACUGCCACAAGCACAACCGAUUUUUGUUUUAUUAUUAUUGCCAUUCUGGGGGCCUAAGAUCCCGCUGGGGAUAUUCCCUAAUCAGGAGCCCCAGUUUCUCUUAGACAGCCCCGUUUUAUGGAGUACAAAUCAGGUGCAGAGGAAAUCAAGGUGAAGGUGUGUCUGUCCUUGAGUCCAAAUGGAUGUGGUUAUCUUCCCAGCUUUCCCUUCAGCUGUGUGCUCACUGCCGUCCCCGUCAAAAAUGCUGCCUUCUUCCUUCAUAUUCCUCAGCGGGAAUCCCCUCACUACCACUAAAAUCUCCCCAGCCCACUAACUGAGGAGCUAGGGUUCAUCCAGACCACCCCCACGCCCCCUCCCCGCAAAGUGCUUCCAAGCUUAAACUGCUUCAUCGAGAAGUAGUAUUUGUUUCUGGAACUGGGCUCCGUGGCGAUGGCGGCGGUGGCAGGUGGCAGAUCAGGCAAAGACAGUUUCUGGCAAGCUCCAGUGACUCAGCGUUUCUCCUUUGCCAGGAAGAUGGGUUCCCAUGUAGCAAAUCGUAUGUUGUGCCCCGUAGCUCCUUAGCUAGUUAGCUCACAAACUGUGUUUUACAACUAAUCCUUAAUAAUUAUGGUAAAUAACUGUGACUGUGGGUUUUUUAAUCUCUUGUCAUUCUCAUCCGACAGUGACCAGCAUACCCAUUCUUGCAAUAAGGUAUUACCCUCAGAAUAGUAAGCACAUUCUUGUAGAAAAACAUACCGUACGUGUACACAUAUAAAGGCACACACAUAAACGUUCAUCCUCACGCGUGGUAUAUAGGGUCUUAUUUGAUAUCGUGUAGGAAAUCUCAACCCUUUUCCUGAGGUCAUCUGUAAAAUAGUCUCAUUGCUAAGGCAUCCCAAAUGCCAACUGGUGAAUCCAUGAUCAAAAUGCAUAUGUGUUGUUAAAUUAUAGGGUUUAGAAUGAAAGGAACCCUUCACUGUGUCUCAUGGUCCCCCCCCAUCCUGUGUGAACUCCUUUAGAAUAAGGGCAGGAAGACUUCUGACUUUCUCUUUGUUCUCUUCCGUGUGAAACUAAGACCAAGUCUUUCUAAGACAAAUGCAGUGUACUUAAUGUUUGUAUGCAAAUCUAACGGAGAUGUUUGGCAAGAAAUCCCCUAACCGAUUUCCAUCCAAACCUACUUAAUAUAGCACAAUAUUACGUGUCGUACAAUUCCAGUGAGAACUGUGAAUACGUGUACCUUUUUUUAGUAUUUGCCCUGGGGGAAAGAUAUUGUAUUAUCAUAUAUGCUUUUUUUGCAAUAAGGAUUUAUUCUCAGAACACCAAGUAAAUCUAUCUCUAUAUAAAAAAAUAUAUGUAAUAUAUACUUAUUCAAACUAUAUACAGAGCCUGUUUUAAAAAAAAUUACAGUAUUAUUUAGAAAAAUUAUCUGUUCUAUGGACCAAAUGUAAAAUAUUUAUAAAUGAAGAUGCAUUUUAAAUGUCUAUAAAUGGUGUCAUAACUAGAGCACGAGCGUUAUGUACGUUUCUAAGAAUUUAGAGGAAAAAUAAUAAAGGUUCUAUGAUA